AUGAAUGGCCUAUUUUUCACCCGACGCUUUGCCAUUUCUAUCCAUAGAAAUUCUCGUGUAUUGCAUCUGGGCCAGCGGUAUCGCGGAUACGGUACUUUGAUUGGCGGAAAUGGAUGUUUCAAUCCGCGUUGGCAGCCACAGUUCCAACCAGAACAGCAAAGCACAAACCUGACCAGAUCUUACGGCACUCUUCCGGACGCCUCAGAGAUAAAUAAAGUUAUUGAUGCUGAGCUCGCGCGUCGAGGUGACUUCCGCCGCGUCGAUGAGAUCUCUGAUCCGGAAUUCAACGAGUUAUAUCUCCAAAAGUUUUCACAUUUCCACCAAGACAUCGACGAACCCGAUACUAUACCGCUCAAGCCACAAAUGUACAACAUACAAUCUUCAUCCUGGGUACCUUCUAGCAACAAACCCAAAGCACCUGAGCGGGGACGUGUUCUGAAGAUUGCGUCUUGGAAAUUACUUUCAUCUACUCCAACCUUUGCAGCCCUUCGUGCUUCCGCCGCCAUCGCCCAUUUGCGGUCCAUGUUUGGCAAAACCCCUCUCAACCUCGUGGUAAUGUUACAACAAAUCAACCAAGAGGUACUGGAAGUUAUUCUGAAGGACAAAUGGGCCCAACAAAACUUCGUGCUCUCUGAUACGGAGCCCCCAUACGUCGAUAAUAAAGUUGACAAACUUAGUGGUGAUAAAGGCGACCUGAAAUCCAGCCAAUAUUUUACCAUCAUGAUGAUUUCGCGGAAUUUGCCCAUCUCGAAUUGCUUUCGUUUGCCCCUUGAGUCUGAAAUCAAGACGGAUGCCCUUGUGGUUGACGUGCCCUUGCCUGUGUCCGAGAACGAUGACAGAUCAAACCAGUCACUUCGUCUAUGCACAACGUGCAUUGAGUCGAAUGACCUUGAUUUUGAGCAGCUCUCCGAAGUAUCUUAUCUUUUACUUGGCAUGUGCUCUGGAGAGCAAUCAUUAGUGGGUGGGCUGGUGGGUGGCUAUUUGGGCGAAAAGGAUUUCCACCGCGAUGUAAUGAAAGGCUACAAUGACGUUUGGGACGAUGAGUCAUCGGCGGUACCACCAGUCUCAAAGUCUUCCCAGAAAGAUAUCACGUCUGGAAAAGAAAAAAGAAAAGGCAAAAGCAAAGGCAAAGGAAGCAAAGGGAGCCCCCAUUCCGACAAAACCAGAAAAGAAGAGCAGUCGGACACGUUUCUUUAUAGAGGGUUAAUCGAGACGGUUGCGUUGAAAGAAGCCCACGACACUACAGGAAGAUUAGGCCGUUUUGGAAUAGAAACGAAGACUAAACCUGGGUCGGAUAAUGUUGGGGUCAGCGAUCACUUUGGGAUCACUGUAGGCAUCAAGGUCAUCGAAAGGUUCAAACCCUAA